CCGGGGGGAGGGGAGCGAUGCGGCGCCGGCGGGCUGCCGUGGCCGCGGGUUUCUGCGCCUCCUUCCUGCUGGGCUCCGUUCUCAACGUGCUCUUCGCACCGGGCUCGGAGCCUCCGCGGCCAGGCCAGUCCCCGGGGCCCUCGCCGGCCCCGGGCCCGGGACGUCGCGGGGGCCGUGGAGAGCUGGCCCGGCAGAUCCGGGCGCGCUACGAGGAGGUGCAGCGCUAUUCCCGCGGGGGUCCUGGGCCCGGGGCUGGCCGGCCCGAACGGCGGCGCCUGAUGGACCUGGCUCCGGGCGGGCUGGGCCUGCAGCGUCCCCGGCCCCCGCGGGCCCGGCCCGUGCCCGACGGCGCCCCGGGCUGGCCCCCGGCUCCCGGCCCGGGCCCGCGCCUGGGCUGCGCCGCGCUCCGCAACGUGUCUGGCGCGCAGUACGUGGGCUCAGGCUACACUAAGGCAGUGUACCGCGUCCGCCUGCCCGGCGGGGCCGCGGUGGCGCUCAAAGCGGUGGACUUCAGCGGCCACGAUCUGGGCAGCUGUGUGCGCGAGUUCGGGGCGCGGAGGGGCUGCUAUCGGCUGGCGGCCCACAAACUGCUCAAGGAGAUGGUGCUGCUGGAGCGGCUGCGGCACCCCAACGUGCUGCAGCUGUAUGGCUACUGCUACCAGGACAGCGAGGACAUCCCAGAUACCCUGACCACCAUCACGGAGCUGGGCGCCCCUGUGGAAAUGAUCCAGCUGCUGCAGACUUCCUGGGAGGAUCGAUUCCGAAUCUGCCUCAGCCUUGGCCGCCUCCUCCACCACCUGGCCCACUCUCCGCUGGGCUCAGUCACCCUGCUGGACUUCCGCCCUCGGCAAUUCGUGUUGGUGGACGGGGAGCUGAAGGUGACAGACCUGGAUGAUGCCCGUGUGGAGGAGACACCAUGUGCAAGCAGUGCUGACUGCAUAUUGGAGUUUCCAGCCAGGAACUUCACCCUGCCCUGCUCUGCCCAGGGCUGGUGUGAUGGCAUGAAUGAGAAGCGGAACCUCUACAAUGCCUACAGGUUUUUCUUCACAUACCUCCUGCCCCACAGUGCCCCGCCCUCACUACGGCCUCUGCUGGACAUCAUUGUCAAUGCCACAGGAGAGCUCACCUGGGGAGUGGACGAGACCCUGGCCCAGCUAGAGACAGUGCUGAACCUCUACCGGAGUGGCCAGUAUCUGCAGAACUCUACCACAAGCAGUAGUGCUGAAUACCAGCGCAUCCCAGACAGCACCAUCCCCCAGGAGGACUACCGGUGCUGGCCAUCCUACCACCACGGCAGCUGCCUCCUGUCUGUGUUCAACCUAGCAGAGGCUGUGGAUGUCUGUGAGAGCCAUGCCCAGUGCCAUGCCUUUGUGGUCACUAACCAGACCACCUGGACAGGUCGGAAGCUGGUCUUUUUCAAGACUGGAUGGAACCAAGUGGUCCCUGAUCCCAACAGGACCACAUAUGUGAGGGCCCCUGGCUGACCUGUCUGAGGGCUCAACUGACGAUCCUCUCCAGCUGGGCUUGCCUAUGGUGGAAGUGACUUGCACUAGCAGGGCUGCAUGUCACCUGGUAACCCCUGCAGACAAGAAUGACAUCCCAGACAGACCGAUGUGACCAGGACAAACGUGCAAUAAUGCAAAAUGUUAAAAUGUGAGUUGACAAGGCUAAGUCUGAGACUGCUGGCUCCCAGACCAGGAAUCAAUGGUUGCGGGGGCGACUGCUAUUCCAGCGCUCAGGGCUGUGAGCAAGGCUCAGGCCAGUCUGAACUGGAACAGCUCCGUGGGCAGCCCCAUCACUGUGUUCCUAGUGUGAGAAUGUAGCCAAAGCCCUAGCUGCUGCUGCCGCCGCUGCCACCAUUGCUGCACAUGCCACGGCAGGCGGGGGCUGCGUGGGGACAAUGGGUCACAGAGUGUUCUCUCAGCUUAGCUCCAGAGAGGAAACUUGGCAGUGGGUGGGGAUGCUCCAGGAUGUAGGUGAUCCUAUACCGACAGGGCACACUCCCAGGCCAGCCCAGGGGUCAGGGGCAGAGGUGCACACAUCAAUAUGAGCCAAGACUAGGGUGAAGGAGCAGGUUGCAGUUUGAGCCAGGACCUGGGGUGGGGGUGGGACUGGGACCUUUCUGCCUCAUUUGCUUUCAGUGAAAGCCUCAAGCAGCCACACCGGGCUCCCCCCUCCUGGAGUUUGCAUAUCCAGAAGCUUUUGUACUUCUUGUUUAUUAAAUUGUUUAUUUUUGUAAAAAUAAAUAAAUAUAUAUAUAAAUAUAAAUAUCAGUUAAUAAAAUGAUGUUUCGUGGCAAAAA